AAUGUUAAGCAACGGGAGGGCGUCUAAGCCAAUCGGUGCGCUCGCCAAUGUUAAGCAACGGGGGGCGUCUGAGCCAAUCGGAGUCGUGGACGCGGCUUGUCCGCCGAUGGUGGAGGAGUAACUUGGAGCUUCGCUCUCAGCGAGACGGCGAAGCGAAGGAGUCGUCAACUGCUCGCCAUGGUGGUGCUUGUGCUGGACAACGGCGCCUACACGGCCAAGAUCGGAUACGCGGGGGACUCGGUCAGCAUUAUACCGAACUGUCAGUUCCGCUCGAAGACGGCUCGACUGAAGACGUUCACGGCUAGCCAGCUCGAUGAGAUUAAAGAUCCAUCAGGGCUCUACUUCAUUUUACCUUUUCAGAAGGGGUAUUUGGUCAACUGGGAUGUACAGAGGCAAGUCUGGGACCAUUUAUUCGGAAAGGAAAUGUACAAGGUGGACUUCCCUGAAACAGAUAUCAUCAUGACCGAGCCCUAUUUCAACUUCCACUCCAUUCAGGAGUCCAUGAAUGAGAUCCUCUUUGAAGAAUAUCAGUUCCGCUCCAUACUGCGCACGAACGCGGCGACCCUAAGCGCCUACAGCUACCAGCAGCAGAAACCCUCGGAGCUGUGCUGCCUGAUCAUCGAGUCCGGCUUCUCCUUCACACACAUUGUCCCCUUCUACAGGGGCAAGAAGAUCAAGGAAGGAAUCCGCAGGAUCAAUGUUGGGGGCAAGCUGCUGACAAACCAUUUAAAAGAGAUCAUAUCGUACAGGCAGCUACAUGUGAUGGACGAGACCUACGUCAUCAACCAGGUGAAGGAGGACGUCUGUUACGUGUCGCAGCAGUUCUACAAGGACAUGGCCAUAGCGCAAUUGAAAGGUGAGGAUAACACCAUCCUCAGAGAUUACGUACUGCCCGACUUCAGCAGCAUCAGAAAGGGCUACUGUAAGCCACCCUCGGACGCGGCGCAAAGUGGGAAGUACACGGGCGGGGAGCAGAUCCUGCGCCUGACCAACGAGCGCUUCGCCGUCCCCGAGAUCCUCUUCCACCCGUCCGACAUCGGCGUGCAGGAGAUGGGCAUCCCCGAGGCGGUUACGCACGCCGUGCAGAGCCUGCCCCAAGAGAUGCACCCGCACAUGUACAACAACAUCCUGCUGACGGGAGGAGGCUCCCUGCUUCCUGGAUACCGGGACCGGGUCCUCGCGGAUGUGCGCAGCCUUACACCGGACGAGUAUGAGGUGGCCGUCGUGCAACCGGAUAACCCGAUAACGCACGCGUGGGAAGGAGGCGUGACGCUGUCCGGCACCGCCGAAUUCUCCAACUCGCUCGUGGUGACACGGCAGGAGUACGAGGAGCGGGGCCACGAGGCGUGCGACGAGAAGUUCGACGUUUGAUGGCGUGACUGGUCACGUGCGACUCUUGGGGAUGGUGAGAGAGAGGAGAGGGGGUCCUGAGCAGUCGCCAUCACAAGCGGGGCAGUGAUGUUCGCCGGCUCACAGGAAACCCAAGCGGUUUUUUUUUUUAUGUCGAGCAUUUGAGCUGUGUUGUGCCGGCAAGCGAACAUUUCCUCCACUGGAAACAAAUGAGUACCCCAGGCCGUUUCGCUCAAAAAGAAAAUAACGUGGCGAGAUACUGUGAACUGGGACACGUGGUUUAAAUGGACCCUGAAGCUUGUGGCGUUGAAGAGUGUCGUUUGGUUGAACGGCUUUCUGCACAAAAACUUUGUUAUCGAAUUUAGUUUUGUACACAUCGUGGGCGGUACAGCAAAGUCCUUUGUUUUACUGUAUUCCUAUGUGCCCAAGUCCAUGCUCCUACAAUGCCCUGACUAGCAUGGUGAAGUAUUUCCUGCUCGUACUCGAUUUCAGAUAUUCUCGCAUUCCAUAUUUCGUCUUCGAGUCAUUACUUGAAUGCAACAUAUCCCAUCACACAUUUACAGUGCGUAUUAAAUAUUAACAAUGCCUAUCCUUCUUCUGGGCAAAGGUAUCUGCUAAUGUUUUCCACUCUUCUUUUGCCAAUUCCAUCCAAUGCACUCCAAAUCCCUUAAUCUCAUACUUUCAUCUCAUUUUCAGGCUAUACCCCCUCUAUUUCCUUCCAUCAAUCGGCUUCCAAUUUGUUAAUUUUUCCAUGUCAUCAGCUGGUCAUGAUCAUCUAGCUAGAUGUGUUCAUGUCAAUACAAAACUGGAAGUUUCUUCAUGGUCUUUGUUUUAAAAAAAGUAACAUUCACAACUUAAAACGUAAUAUUUCUCAUAUUCCUUUAGAAAUGCAAGGUUAAUGAAUGUGGCGGUGUGUGCCAAAACUACCACUCCCAAUGCCAUUCAUUAUCAAAAUUGUCCAAUAUAUUGGUGAAAGAAAAGCACUAGCCUGUGGAGAGGUGCAAGCAACUGGGCAGGUGAACAGCUCUUUUGAUGCAUGUCUUGGAGGCUUGUUGAUGCUUGCGGUGGCCAAAGAUUUUGCAUCUCCUGUGUUGUUUCUGGCGGUGGUGGUCGGUACACCAAGCAAUGUCUAUUUUGGUGAAUGUCAAAUGGCUCUGCGAUGCGCCUAAGAGCUGUGACCAACAAUUGCCCACAUUUAACUCUGUAAUGCCCAAGCAUUUUUUUAGUGAGGAAUGCUACUUUAUGCAAGUAGAUUUCGUUUCUUGUACAAAAAACUUUUUCUCCUGCCCUGCCACAAUGUACUGCAUAGGUAAUGAAUGUGCAAUUAAAGCAUUUGAAUUGAAAUAAAAACUUGCCAUCGUUUUUGACAAGUUGUACAUUUUACUAAAUUGUUUAAACUCCUUAACAAUCUUCUUUAGAAAUAAACUCGUUCAAGUAAACAAGUGUUUUCCUGCACUCAUUGAAGAUCGAUUUUUAUCAUGGCAAUGGAUGUAUUCACUUUUUAUUGAAAAAUAAAGCUAUGAAAAUGUG